AUGAGUGAUAACGAUUACUGUAGUUGCGACGAUCCUCGAGAUCCACCAUCAGCACCUCAACUAGAAUUAUCGGAUCGUUUUACAUUUCCUCAUCUACUGGGACAUCGACCACCUGCCUAUGCUCCUCCAAGCCAUCACAAAUCUCGAAAGAUCAAUAUGCUUCUUUGUAUUGGUGUGGCACAGCUUAUAUUGGCAGCUCUACUGCUCUAUGGUGGUUUAUGUUGCGAACUUUACACUGAAGGAAAUUAUUGCUCCUACUACUCACUAUUAUGGAUGCCUUCGUUAUCUCUGAUCAACUCAUUGAUCGGAAUAGUGGCUGCUAUCAUUUAUCAUGACACUCUUCUUUUUGUGCAUCUUUGCGUGUCUGUGGCUGUGGUCGCAACUGCUACAGCAAUGAUCACAGAACUAUUGGCACGAACCAAUGGACCCUGA